AUGGAUUUGUUCCAGAAGGCCAAGGCAGUGAGGCUGAGGAGUGCCCACGAUAAGUACUUAACGGCGGUGGAAGAUGAAGAAUCAGUUACCCAGGAUCGGAACGGCUCAUCCACCGCUGCAAAAUGGACGGUAGAAUUUGUUGAGAAUUUGGACGGAAUAAUCCGCCUGAAAAGUUGCUACGGCAAAUAUUUAACAGCCACAAACCAGCCGUUUCUGCUGGGAAUGACGGGGCGGAAGGUGGCGCAGACUCUGCCGCCGCGGCUCGACUCGUCGCUGGAGUGGGAGCCCGUAAGAGAAGGGAAAUUUCUUAAGCUGAAAACCAGGUACGGGCAGUUUUUACGUGCAAACGGGGGGCUGCCACCGUGGAGGAACUCGGUUACGCAUGAUGUUCCUCAGCGGACCACCACUCAGGAAUGGAUUUUAUGGGAUGUUCAUGUGGUGGAGAUAUUGGUGGCGUACUCUCCGGUAGCUAAACCGCCUCCGCCUUUGGUGGUCCACUCUGAUUCUUUUGCUUCCAAUCCAAGGCCGCCUUCUACUCAUUCCUCAGAAUUUGCUAGCUUUUCUCGACAAGAGUCGAAUGAUUCUUUGGUUAGUUCGCCACCAAAAGGGGGUGACGGAAGGUUGAUUUACUUCCAUAUAGCUGAUGAACAAGGGCAAAUUGAUGAGGGAUUUGAGGAACUUUGCACUACAUUCAAAGGAAAUGAUGUUCAUGAAUUGGCAAAGAGGCUUGAGGAGGAAUUAGGAAUCGAUGGUGUUAUUGUGUGCACUCGUAGCGCUUUGAAUGGGAAGCUUUAUCCUCUUCGUUUGCAGCUUCCUCCCAAUAAUGCAACCAUGCAUGUCAUUGUGGUUCCGACCUCGUCCCAAGUCGGUCAAGAUUUGGCGAAAACCGUUAUGCCAUUUUAG